AUGGCAAUCAAGUCAUUGGAAUCAUUCCUUUUCGAAAGAGGUUUAGUAGGCUCCUAUGCCAUUGAGGCCCUGAACAACUGUACCCUAGGUAUUGAUGUUAACCAUUAUGUUUCUAGAUUAUUGACCAAUAAAAGAGAGCAGUACUUGGAUGCUAUUGGUGGUUUCCCUACCAGUUUAAAGAUGUACUUGGAAAGUGAUCUGAAGAUAUUUAAGGAUUUCAAUAUUACUCCUAUUUUCGUCUUCAAUGGAGGUUUGACUUACAAUCAAUUAGAAGCAUCCGGCCAUUUCACUGCUGCGGCUUCUGAUUCAGCCUCUAUCUCACCAGCCACUACCUCUACCAAUGGGUCUAACGCAACAACAAGAUCAAACACCGAAUCCGUUCUUUUACAGAGAAACAGAGGUUGGACACAAUGGAACAACUUGAUUAGUUCAAACCAAAACUCCUAUAUCGAUCAACCUAUUCAACCUCAAGAGCCAUUCAGACAUAACACUACUAUUGAUUCCAAGGCAUACCAAAAUGAUUUGAUAGCUUUCUUCAUUGAGCAUGGUUAUAUGUACCAAGUGGCUCCAUACUCUUCAUGGUUUCAACUAGCAUACCUAUUGAACAGCGGCUAUAUUGAUGCCAUCUACGGCCCAACUGAUUGUUUGAUGUUAGAUUGUGUUGAUAGAUUUAUUUUGGGCAUGGAAUUUCCAAACAAAGAGUUUAGAUUCAUUGAUAGAUCAAGAGUCAUGAAGGAUUUGCGUUGUACUCAUGAAGAAUUCAUUGAUAUUGCCAUGGCUGUAGGUAAUGACUUACAACCAAAAACUUUACCACCAUUACAAAUUUAUCCCGUUCCUCAAUUAUUCGACAUUGCCCUUGAAAUGGUUUUGAAUACAGGAACAAACUUUUAUGCUUAUCAAUUAUCUACACCGUUACAAAACGAUUCGAAAGAGAACGUCCAAAGUUAUCAAAAAGGCAUAUCUGCUUUAAGAUAUAUGCCAGUCUUGAAAGAUACAGGUAAAGUAGAACUUUUUGUGCAAGAAAUUGUUGUUUCAGAGGAGGAAAACGAAAAAAUCAAUAAAGAAGAAAAGAAGAGUAACCUCUCUUCACCAACCUCUACAUCAUCCAGUGCCUCUCCUUACGCCAGUGGAACUAAAACUGCUGGCGAAACGUCAGCUUACGAAAAAUCAGGUACCAAAGAGGUUAAGAAACCAAGAGAUAUUCCUAAUGACGUCCAUGAUUUUAUUGGCCAAAUGUUACCUCAUGRGUACUAUUUCUAUAGAUCCAUAGGGUUAGUUACUGGUAAACUAUUUGACGCAAUUGUUACAGGUGUUUAUCCUGAAGAGCCUCCAUUAGGUGGCGGAUCUGCUGCUUCUUAUAGAAAGUUGGUUUCUAAAUCCGUUGAGAUCUUCAAAAAUAAGGAAAUUAACCUAUUAACCCAACCAAUUAACAGAUACUACCAAAUCAAACAAAUCAAACAAGUUAAAUGGUAUGCGCCAAAUGAACCAACCACUCUAAGUAAUAGAAUGUCACCUUCCCUGUUUGAAACUAUUAACCGUUUGAUCAUUAAAACAGAAGGAUCGGCCGAAAAAGAGUUUUCUAUUUCUGAUUUUAUUACAACAAUCACUGCCUCCAACGAUAUGGCAAAAGAUUUCAUAUCUGAGAACGUUAUUUUUCCAAAUUCCGUACCAGUUGAAUCCAAAUUGAAUGCGCCCUAUGAUUUAUUGUUAACAAAUUUCUUAAGAUUGCUAGUACUAUUGGAAUUCUUCACUUUCGAUUCCAAGGAAAAAUCAUUAAAACCUACCAAAUGGGGGGAAGUCCUUUUGAAAUUAAAUAAGCUUGAUAUUGAUGCUAAAUAUCACGAAUCAGUGAUCAUCUUUUUGGUAUAUCUGAAAUGCGACGUUUUGAAGCUCGACGAAGAAGUUCAACCACCCGCUCCUUCAGCGUUGUCUCAAGCAACUCUUCGUUCAUAUCCUGAGGAGUCAUUGUAUGUGCUAUUGAUUACACGUGUAUUGACUUUAUUUCAAGUGGAACAAAAACCAUCGAACUACCAUGGUCCUAUUGAUAAGAAGACUUUGAUUUUUAGAGAUCAUCUUUCUUUCAUAAAGGAAAACUUAAAUGAACUAUUUGAAGCUGUGUUAAUCUCUUCAUUAACCUCAGGUGAAUUCAAUAGAUUGUCACUUGAUAAUUUUGGUUGGGAAAAGAAGGUCGUUAGACGCUUACCAUUUAAGUUAGAUUCUCCAAAUACUAUCAUGGCCAUGAUGUGGGAAUUCUUCUUGCAAAAAUAUCUCCACAAUGGUAAUGCUAAAAAUGAUGCCUUAUCUUUAGUUGCGACAGAAUUCAAUACUUAUAAAUCCACACCUAACCUUGACGAACAAUUUGUCGAAUCCCAUAAAUUUUUACUAGAAAUUGAAAAGGUUGCGCACGAGUUAAAUGAUGCAAAGUUGAUCAAAGAUAAUGAGUUUAAACUGUUCACCAAAGCAAUUGAAUUUGCUACCACUGCCCUUUCUAGCUAA